UUCAUGGAAAAAUUUGUCCAUGAUUAGUUGAAUAUUGAAUACAUUACAUUGUACAUGUAUAUUGGUAGGGUUGCAGAUCCUGAUCAUUACGUAACGACGACUCUUUGCAAUAAUCACACAUUUCUUCGUGUGGCCUUUAAAAAAUAACAUCCUCUUAUGGAUUUGUCCGCACCUGCAUACAUGGUUGUACCAGAAUUCGCCUCUUUCUCUUCUUGUUGGCCACCGUUAUUUUAUUAAUGCAGUUUAGAGGUGACUUUCAGGAAACAAUCAAGUUGAUAAGAUCAACUUCAGUGUGUUUAGUACAGUAUAGGACUAUAUCUUCAAAAAACGUACAACAUUCAAUACCACACCUCAACUUUGUAUUAACGAGAGAUAGACGAUGUUAUUGUUGAAAUGGCCGCUGGCUGUUAUGCUCCGACGCACAACUACAAAAGUAGCGACGAUCUCUUCUUUACACCGUGCAGAGCUGGACCAUAUACAGCGACUGUCCGUUGUUAACACGCAGCGAAGCUACUGAGCUAUGCUUCUUAUUAUACAUUGUAGAUGAAAUCUUGUUACUUUCUUGAGUGCGUUCUGUUUGUCACCUUGGGUUAUACCUUGGCACAGGUUGUGCCCUUGAGAAUCACCUUCACCAUGUCUUCAAUCAGUCUUAAGACCAAGGGAGCUGUAUUCUUACUGUGUCUAGCAUCCUUCACACUCGGUCGUUUUCUGGUUGUAUUCGAACCAGACCAAUGGUUUGUAUAUCAGAGAUGGGGAGACGUGGCCCCAGUCAGCCGUUUUGAUGUUCCCAAAAUUAAAAGCCGCUACGAGAAAGAAAGCGACAUUGGUGCCGCUGGAUCCGACCGGGAUAACCCCAGUGAAAAUAUUUCUGCAGCCGAUUCAGAAAUAGAAGAGGCUGGUGGCAAGUCUUUGGGAACGAUUUACCACGGUGAAAAGAUUCCUGGGCUUGAUUCAGAAACAGACAAGAAGAAUGACCAAGUUGAAGAUAACAUUGUUAACCGCCGCCCGCCGAUUAUCAAUGAGAACGUGGAGGAUGAAACAGGGAACUUCAAGGAUGAAGCAGGGAACUUCAAGGAUGAAACAGGGAACUUCAAGGAUGAAACAGGGAACUUUAAGGAUGAAACAGGGAACUUUAAGGAUGAAACAGGGAACUUCAAGGAUGAACAUUCGAUCGUCAAGGAUGAACAUUCGAUCAAGUAUGAAACAGUCAUCGCUGAAACGUCAAUCGUCAAGGACGAUAAAAUGAUCGUCAAGAAAACCCCACCAGUUAAAACUAAACCAGUUGCUCAGCCGAACCGUCUCCAUACUGGUGGACGGUACUCCAUCACCUCAUCCCAACUGUUGGGAAAUGCACUCAGGUUUAUGUCCCCAGAUGUUAAGGCAUCCUUCGCGAACAUUACAGGACUGAAAUAUGACAAGCAGAAGGCUACAGUUAUUUGGCCAAACUUAAGUGCUCAAAAGAAAUGGGCCGUGCUCAGAGCCGGCAUGCGCAAACUGGGCUAUGAACAACGCUUACCUACAGUCAUUUGCCUUGGAGUAAAAAAAGGCGGCACAACAGCGUUUUUGUACUACCUUGUGCAACAUCCACAGAUUGCUCGCGCAUUACUGGAAGAAAUACAUUACUUCAGUAUUGACUACGAAAUAGGCUUAGACUACUACCUAUCUAGAAUGGGGUUUAGCUCACAAAACAUGCUUCAGUUUGAGAAAUCACCGUCAUAUUUCGUCUUCCAGAAUGUACCGGAGAGGAUGUUGAAGGAUCUACCGCCCAAUGUCAAGUUCGUGGUAUGCGUGCGGGAUCCCGUGGAGAGAACCAUAUCGGACUUCAGACACGAAUAUGAGUUGAAGCUCAAUCGCAACCCCUCCAUGGCCAGAGGCGAAACGCCUGCCACACAAGCCAAACACUUCGUAGAAAUGAUUUUCAAUCGUAAUGGUGAGGUAGAUAUGUCCAAAGGAUUGACAAGAGAAAGUGUCUACUCCAUGCAUUUCAAGAGGUGGUUGCAGAGCUUUCCGAGAGAUCGAUUCUAUAUAUUGAGUCAUGAGCGCGUGGAUAAAGACCUGUACAGUGAACUCAAGAACUUGGAGAAGUUUCUGGGUCUGGAGUCAUUUUACAAGAGGAGCAUGUUCUACUACGAUGAGAAGAGACAGGCGCCUUGUAUGCGGUCUGGUUGCCCACACCCAAGUACCCCUGGGUUUCUACCUAAAGCAGACCUCGGUCCCGACGUCAUCCAACAACUCAGGGAUUUUUUCCGGCCCUAUAACCAGGAGUUUGCACAACUUACCCACAUGAACUUUUCCUGGACAAAUCUCUGAACAGAGCGUCUACGACUGAAAGGAAAAUUGUUCAACUUUGUUUUAUUUUUUAUUUUUUUCAGAUUUGAAGAUCCAUUAAUCAUAAUCAUUGCGCGUUGUAUAUUAAUCAUAAUUCAUAUAGAGAGGUUUACAGGUCUGCUGGCCGCAGAACUGUUUCCUGUCGGGGAAAAAGUAAAACAUUUGCCAGUAAUGAGAAAACAAAAUGCUCGAAACCUUUUUGGGAUGAGGGUCGGUAACCUCCUUAUCGGACCAUCCAGCGAGACAAGUUGUUUUGUAA